UACUACUGUUAGUUGGUGAGUACGUUCGGUCCGGUUAGGAUGUACCGCGAUUCACGAAUUUCUCUCCCGUCGUCGUCGUGUUCCAUUGAUAUGUAUUUAUAAGUUAUUUGUAUCCCAAAACGGAAAGAGUGCUGAAUCGGCUGGAAAUAGGACAAGUGCAGAUCGAAAUAAGGUGCUUCAACUUGUUUGGUCUUCGCUUUUGUGCAUCGCUUGAUUGAGAAGUUGCGAACGGAUUUCUGUACAAGUUCAUGACUGGAAACGGUUUCAGUGAGGUCAAUAACCAUCAGGAUAACCGAUAUUUCGGUUUUGCACUCAAAAGAAGUUCUAUACCAUGAGGCAGUGACUGUUUCCAAGAAUCGAUAAUAUCCACUACCUAGUAUUGAACCAACCGCACCGAACGAGUUUCACUUCCUACAUUUUGCCAAUGUAAUUCAAGUAAAAUGCAUCAGCUCAGGAAAUGCUCCCGAAGAAACCUCAUACUGCUGUUGUCUUUGGUGAUCGGUUACCUCUUGGUGGACUACGUCCUGAACAGUCGGGACUAUGUGGACAAUCGCGAGAAGAUAAGCUUGAUCGAAGAAUCGAUUCGAUCGUUGGCCAAUCAGGGAGCAUGUAAGUUACCAAACCUGCCGGUGGAUUCGCCGGAAAUGCUCAGCUUCCUCAAGGACGAGCAACCGAUCGACUGCGGCGACGAAAACGAAGAUUGGGUGUCCUGUCACAAAUCCUUAUGCAUAAUCAAGCCGGACGUAGUGAAAGCCCGAGGGAAGAUUACCUGCGACAUCGCGGAUAUCAUACGUGCGGACGACUACAAAAUCCAGUAUAGUACACCGGUGCGAACGACUCACAGUUACACCCUAAAGCGAAGCGAUUUCGCCCGGGCCAAAUGUUGGACCGAGUCGCGCUACCGAUGGACCGGUAUCAUUUACGGAAUCCGAGAAGACCCGGAGCUCUCCGGACGCCGUAGUUGGAACAAGGAAAACUCCCUCAACAUACUGAUGAUGGGAUUCGACUCGCUCAGUCGAAACGCCUUCAUUCGCAAGCUGCCCAAGGCGUACAAGUACCUCACAAAAUAUCUGAAGGCAGAUGUCCUGCAAGGGUACAACAUUGUGGGGGAUGGAACACCCCAAGCGUUAAUUCCUCUGAUGACGGGGUUCACCGAACUGGAACUUCCAGAAACACGCAAGCGAAUGAAGAACUCCGAGUUCGUCAACGUCUACCCGCUGCUUUGGGACGAGUACGAACGGUACGGCUAUGUCACGUCGUUCAACGAAGACGUGCCGCAAAUCGGAACCUUCUCCUACCGUUUGAACGGGUUCGAUACUCAACCGACUGAUCAUUACAUGCGCACGUACUACCUGGCCAUCGAGAGCCAACUGAGCUACUACAAAAGACUGUGCGCCGGUGCGCAACCUCGUCACAAGGUGAUGCUGGACUACACCAAAGAGUUUAUGAUAAGCUACCCCACCAAUCCUCGAUUCGUGUUCAGCUUCCACGGUGAGCUGUCGCACGAUUCGAUCAACCUGGUCGGAGUGGCCGAUACGGAUCUCACCAACUGGUUGGUGGAGCUCAAACAGCUCGGCGUGCUGAACAACACCAUACUGAUCAUGAUGUCCGACCAUGGGAACCGGUUUGCCGAGGUGCGGAAUACUCUGCAAGGCAAACAGGAGGAGCGGUUACCGUUUUUCAGCUUUACGUUUCCCGACUGGUUCAAGCGGCAGUACUCGGAGCUGUAUCGGAAUUUCAGGAGCAAUCUUCACAAGCUGACGACGCCGUUCGAUGUGCACGAGACGCUGCAGGACAUUUUGAAUCUUCAAACGCUGCGUUCGAAGCAGCGUCCGGCCCACACCCGAGCCCUAUCGCUGUUCGACGACAUCCCGCAGAACCGGUCCUGUGCGGAUGCGUACAUCGAACCGCACUGGUGCGCCUGCCUCAAUUGGGAAACCAUCGAGGACACCGCCUCGGAGGAGGUAUUCCGGGCGGCGAUGGCCACCGUCGAUUUCAUCAACAAGUACACGGAACGGCACCGAGGGCUGUGCGCGACGCUCAGCCUAGACGAAAUCAAGUGGGCCGCAAAGCUGUCGCCCCACGACGAUCUGGUCCGAUUCAAGAAGAACAAAGAUACCGACGGAUUUCUGGGCGAUUUCAGCUCCAGCGGGACGAAGAUCGUCCACGACAUGUACCAGGUCAAGCUGGUUACCAACCCAGGGAAGGCCAUUUACGAAGCCAGUGUACUGCACGAUAUUACCAGCAAUCAGUAUCGAGUCAAGUUGAGCGAUAUAUCUCGAAUUAACAAAUACGGAACCCAAGCCAACUGUAUAUAUGAUAAGGACCCGGAAGUGCGAAAGUACUGCUACUGUAAGAAUUAGUUAGUAAGGCUCAGCCCGAUGGUAAUGAAUUAUCGGGUCGUUUUCUCUCAAGUCAAUGUUAGCUUAAGGAAGAAAAGGGGGUUUAACUUCAUUUGAAACUUUUGAAUCUCAAAGAGACUUAUUUGCAGUGAAGGCGUUAUUUUUUGUUUUCGUUUGGCACAAAGUGGCAAGCACAUGAACUGAAACUAAAGUUAAUGGAAGAAGGUUUUACGAGACUCGUCUAGUUUAUAUUAUAACUGUACCAAUGUAAGAGAAUCUCUCAGAAUGAACAAAACGGUAAUGGUACUACCGUUCCGGAACAACAAAGUUAACCAAAAAAAGUCAGACAUCUUAGUCUGAUCUUAUCAAUCACUUUCUAGUAGUUUUCUCGGAUUUUUUUUCAGUUAGUAGUGUACAGUUCUUUUUUUUGUUUUAGAAGUCGUUGCCAUGCGAUGCAAGGUAAGUGUACGAGAGCAAAGAUCAAAGCAUUUUCUGAUACUCUGAUUUGAACUCCAUGAAUGUUGAAUAAAAAUAAAAACGUUUUCAGAAAAA